GAAUCAGAACCAUGCAGAUCACGACUAUCAAAUUUAGGAUAUAUAAUUAGGUUGACGUUUAGCGAACCCUUCGAGUAUGAAUGUCAUUAGAAAUUGACUAUUUAUUAGCAGCAUUAAUUGCUUACGACGGUGGAUCACAUCGCGACUGAGGUACGCAGGCCAUAAAUAUUAUAUGUACAUAUAAAUGAUUACGGCGUAUAAUGUGCAUAAAUAUAUAGAUAUAUAUUUACGUAUACAUAUAUAUUUAUUACACAACGUGCCUCUGCAGCUCCCAUAACUAUCCCCCUCUGUAGUUCGGAUAGAAAUUAUUGAUUGCAUAUAUUACUACAACCUUGUCACACUUUUAAAGAAAAUCCGCAGCAAAAUUCAACUUCCGGAGCAAAAUAAUAUGCUGCAGUAUAAUAUUCGAUUGCGAAGUAAAGGAGAAAGAGAACAAGAAAAAAAAAAAACACACGUAAAAUUACGAUGGUAUUCAUAAUUUAUAACAAAUUAUCAUUGCGAUGCGCGGCAUGAUAUUGUACGUACCAAUUUCGUAAUACAGAGUUGGAGUUUUACCUGCAUGGUACAAUCUCGUGACCUUAGAAACAGUUUAACCGCGUCUAAUUAUUUUUGCACACUAAUUACCAGUACACGGGUACACACAAAUCCUUAGCGAACACGUAUUUGCGGUUUUAAAGGGUACAGUAAUUACUACUCCUCGCACACAGGAUCAGAAGCACCUUUACGAGUACAAUUAUAUCCGCAACUACUUCAUGGAUUAGAAUUGGAAUAUUUUACAAAUUGAUGUGCACGAGGUGCUCCGGUUAGAAAGACGCAUUAAAAUAUUUCUGAAACUAUCAGAUCAGAGAAAUUGCGUUCUUUUUAAUCGGCGAUGUUCUUCGGAAUGAAACAACAUACCUGAACGAUAACUGCGCUCUCAGAGUUCGAUGAAUGUCCAUCGACGUUGAUCCCCCAAUGUCCAAUUGCUGCGACUAGAUGAAUCGACGAUUUCACUAUCACUGUAAUCCGACACCAUCGCGAUCAAAUUCUCACCAAGAACUGAAGAACAGGCUCGAAAUUCAUGUGCGCAUAAGGUAAUGGUGAGCGGUGUAGAGAGCAAAACAGUACAGGUCACAGCGUAACCUCUGCUCGAAGUGUUUAUUUACGUGCUCUGUCCCACUACAGCUUCCCUACUACGACUAACGAUUGAAAUUAUUGUAGAACUUGGUAAAUUUAAAUGCGGGACUCUAUGGGACAUCGCAGAUGAAUUCAAUUAGAGUCUGAUUUUCCUAAUUUCCAAUUCGAUGAAAAAUUUUUUCAGACUAUAGACGACCGGUUCUUUUUUCCUACUUUUUAUUUGCGAAACCUAUUUAUACAUAAAAUCUGGAAUUCUGAUAUUUAUAUCUGAUAGAUUUCGUGUUCGACACGUUGACAGUUUAUUUUUCCUCGCAGGGUUAAUAUUACCGAAUCGUGGCCCAUUAAAAAUGAAUUAAGAAUGAGAUUCGCAGAGUUAGAUAAGAAAAUCUAUAAACUCGUAAUAAUUUCUCGUCAUAUUUUUAUUCAAGGGUUGUCGGUUCCUAUGAUUUUAAAGGGCGGUCUAUUUUUGGGUUCUUUGGAAGCAGCGAAAUCUCCAGUGAAAACUGGCAACACACGAUACGAACUACGUUUACGUAGGUCUUCUAAUUUUUCCUUCCAAGAGAUCCAGCGGGUAACAUUUCUCCUUCGUCUUUCCGGCAGUCAAAAAUACGUACGUGGGCCACGCCACACACGCGGCUAAAAAAAGGAGGAAAUUUAAGAAAAAAUGACUGAACAAAAAAAAAAAAAAGAGGUGGAUAGAAUAGAGAUGGAAGAAAAAAUGAAAUGAAGCUUGAAAAGGACGGUAUAAGGAAGCGGAAAAGUUUUCGCGUUGCGUGCCCAUCGCUGCUGAAUAUUUUCUAUCCUAUUCUGGUAGUGCGCUCAUGCGACAUAUGUUGGUAUGUACGAUGGGCGUAUAACGGGUGGUUGUUUGCGAAUGUUUCUGGUGAUCUUAUUUUAUUUUUUUUUUUUUUUUAUAUCUGGAAACUCGAACGGUCGAUGAAACUUUGGAAAAAAGAAAUCGAACAGAUUCAGGGGUGAAAAAGCUCAGUCGGAGUAAUCGGAGCAGGCCAAAAAACUUAUUGUUAGACACCUUCAGCGCUAAUAGACGAAAUAGAAACUCGGGUCCUAGGGGAAUUAUACGGAGAUCUGGAUCCGGAGAUAGCAUUAUGUACGUGUCACCAAUAUCCAAGGGUAGGUAUUACGGUAUCGAGGAGAUAAAUCAUGGUGAGGGACGAUUAAGCAAAACAAAUGCCUGCCCCCGUUCGUGUCACCUUACACGAGAAGCCCUCCCUCGAGUGUCCCGAUUCGCGGGGGGGGUGGACGACGAAGGCAAAGGGAUGAUUUCCCGACUGAACUAACCACCCGAUAUACAGAUACACACUGAUUUUCUACCCCUGUAUACAGAUGUAUAUAUGUAUAUAAAUGUACGUAACCGCGCGUCUCGUUUAGCCUAAGUGCAUGGUUCGCCUUUCGCCGUUCAUCGUUCGUUCAGGGUUCACAAUCACAGAGCUUUGUAGAGCGCGUUCAGUCGACGUUUGACUCGCGGCGACGCGGGCCAUCUCCAGAGCUCCAUUUUUUUCCUUCAUCCCCCGCAGUAUCGCCGAGUCUAUAACAUCAACGUCACGCGAAACCUCCACUUUUUUCAAACGACUGUAAAAUUCCGUACGAUAACGCAACGAGGUGAUAUACUUCAGAUAUUUCAACCGAUACCAACUGAAUUCACAACUCCAGAUGGAAGCGUGAACCAGACCCCGCCUUCAAUUUUUGUAUUUUCUCCGUCUCGUUUGGUCACACAUCUUCUCUCCAACGCGUGCGGCACCCCUGACGAUGGAUAAGUGAGAAAUGAUUCGAAUUCGAACCUCGUGAUGGGAUUACGUAGAAAACGAUGAAUUUUUGUAGAUUGCACCCUCUAUUCGUAUCCGCACAAAAAUACACCCGACGAAUUUCGUGCAUCUUAUACAGUUGUAUAAGAAUUCUCCGAGAUAUUUAUUUUCAUAAUAUCGAAUCGAACUCUGAUCGUGCAGCAAAAUAACAUUCUCCACCCCCCCGACCGUCACGCAAAAGGUAAACAGUCUCCGGUAAACAUCGCAGAGAUUCGAGGGUUGUCCCGAACAACCCCCACGUAUUAUGCGAGUUUAUGGGAAGUUCAAUUAUCCGCAAAUGUCACAGCCCAUCGUCGACUCUAGAUCGCGACCGGUAAACCGAACGAUCGAGAAAACACUGCACGCUUUUUCCAAAGACGCCAGAAAUGCACCACGUGUAUUUUUUUCGCGAUUUCAUGUGUGAAAAAUAGCGCCAAAUUCAAUGAAAAUGAAUCACGUGUCGCACGAUGGGGACAUAGUAUACAACGGCUAGAACUUUCCAAAGCACGUGUCGGUGCACUCUGAAUGAUCGUAGGACACGUGGGAUACGUGGGUUUGAAGAAUUUUCUGAUUUUUUUUUUCACCUACUUUCGUUUGACGUUUUUUAUCCAUUGAUUCAUGAGAAGGUAGCAACGCGUCUAGAAAUAUGACUUUCGGAAGCUUGAGCGGAAUGAGUAAGGUUUGAAAUAUAUGCAUACUGUACGUAUUCGAUAUUGUCAUGAGUGCGGAUAUAAAGUUCGUUUUUCGAUAUUUUUCAAACUAGAGCAAAUGGAUGAUACGUGUAUCGAUUUGCCAUAUGACUAACGCGUUACAUUACUAUGCUCGUAUAGGUACAUCAAUCUGUGAUAUUUUACCGUAAAGUGACUGUCACCCAGCUACAGCGUGGGAUGGCAGUAAACUACCUGGAAGGACCAUUCGUGUUCAGGCUGAAUGAAAACGGUGCGGGACCUCAUCUAUUAGUUCAAGUAUGCACCGAGCGUGGCUGGCGCGAAUACACAGGGGAAAACUCGGCGCUGAAGGAUCGUUGGAAUCUUUGGUGGCGUUCCGGAGGUUUUCCUAUGAACCAUUACAAAACGUUGCUUCCUUGGCAGUUCACAAAUCACAUUCCAAAAGGAAGCUCGAUAUGCCGAAAGGACAAUUUAGUGAGACAUUUGAAGUGUAUGAAAAAGAUUUACGGAUCGAUAUACGACUUUAGCCCUCUUGGAUAUAAUCUUCCCUUGGAAUAUACAAAACUGGCAGCCGAUUGCAGUAGAUAUGAAAAGGACGACAGAGUCUGGAUUUGUAAACCGGUCGGACAGAGUCAAGGAAGAGGAAUUUUUCUAUUCAGAAAACUGAGUGACCUGACCUACGACAACAUGGCGGUUGUUCAAAGAUACAUAAAAAAUCCGCUCCUCAUCGGAGGCUACAAAUUUGACCUACGAUUAUACGUCUGCGUGACUUCGUACAAACCCUUGACAAUUUAUCUCUACAAGGAGGGCCUCGCGAGAUUUGCCACUGAAAAAUUCUCCCUCGAAAACUUGGACAACCCCUUCCGACAUCUGACAAACUGUUCGUUGAACAAACUUGGCCCAGGAUAUUCGGAGAAGAAAGAACGAGUUGGGGCAGGUUGCAAAUGGACUUUCAGACAAUUACGACGAUUUUUGGAACAAUCGGGAUACUCGGAUUGGCUUUUGUGGCAGAAGAUCGCCUGUCUCGUCAGUCUGACUAUCCUCAGCCAAGCGGCUGGGAUUCCCAGAUCAUCAAAUUGCUUUGAAUUUUUCGGAUUCGACGUCCUGAUCGAUGAGAACUUGAAACCCUGGCUCCUGGAGGUAAACGUGAGUCCAGCCUUGGGAAACGACUGCGAAGUCGACUCGGAGGUAAAAAAACCAUUACUGCACGACAUGUUCGAUUUGCUGGGACUUCCGGUUUGCAAUACCGGGUUGUCUCUGUUCACGAUUUGGACAACGGCCGAUGAUGCGGAGGACGAACGAUCCUCGCGUUGUUAUCCUAUCAGCAAAGAGUCGAAAAGACGGUACAAAACGGGGCGGGAAUCGGUCGCCUUAAUCAACGUUUGUCCCGAAUCUCAACCUAUGUUUCGGCAGGCCACACCGGAGAGGUGCAACGAAUUUUGGUCCCGAUACAAUCCGUUUGCUGUCGAUAGGGUGUCCCGACGUGGAUUCAAAGGGAAUAAUUUAUCACCGCCACCCUCCGUUUGGGAUAACGGAAAAGAUUGGCGUAAUCCCGUAACGCGAGAAGGCGGAUGGAUUCGAAUUUAUCCGUUGACGCUUUUGAAGUCGAACGAAACCACGGAAUUCAUGACAAAUCCUGGAAUACCUUUGCCAACCGAUACUCCAAGAAUAGCAGAAAAGGAAAUCAAAAAUACGGUGCUGUGCAUCAACAAGUACCUGAAAGCCGCCAAAGAUGUUCAACAAAAACUAGGGCAAUUGGGAGACGAGCAAUGCAACGAAUACAUGAGAAGUUCUCUUGGACUGAAUACGGAAGUUUGGCUGCCCGAAAAAUGAAUGAAUAAAAUAAACUUGUAAAUAUAAUGGUGCCCCAAUUUGCUUUUAUUUUAAACUCAACCGUCAAUUGAACGGUUUCAACUAACUGCAAAGUUGAACAAUGCAAUGCUAGUUGUACAAAAACGUACAUCGUCAACGCACGCGUGAAGAUUUUAUCGUAGACCAAUAGAUCGCGCGAUUACAAAUUUUCACGUCAUUAUAUAGAAACGAUUCGAGUUUGAUUGAUCUUCAAUUUUCAAAGAUCAAUAAGAUUGACAAACGUGCGCGGAAAAAUUUCCGACAAAUGUCAAAUCCUUAAAAAUAAAACGUGUGAUUGUAUUAAAAAAAAAAAAAAGCUCCGUUGUUGUCUACCGUGAUAUUGUCAACUUAACGUUCAAGACGAAUUCUUAUAAUAAAAUACAUUACGUAAAAAGU